UUCGCACAUCCUAAGUUAAUGGUUUCUUCGUGUCAGUGUUUUUUUAACGUCGAUGACGUGCCAUUUUUAUUGAAGCAACGAGGAUGUUUUAAUGCAAGGACAGGAAUGUUACACGUGUUUCAAAUCACAAAACGGAUUGUUUGAAGGAUAAAAAAAAACGUAGUGUAUUUCAUAUAUGCCAAAGAGAUUUAAACUUUUUACGUUUGUAAACAUAUUUAUACCCGAAUGAAGAAGUAUAGACGCAAAAAUACUUUUAUAUGUUAAAUAACACAUACAGCAACGAGGUAUUAACACACACGGUACAGAUGUAAAAGAUAAAGGGGGUAAAUAAAUUGCGUAUCUAACACACUUUGCCUCUUAAAAUGACGAAUCUAAAUGGUAUGGGUGCUUUGCCAGACACUGAAAGGUCCGCCGGAGGGUUUGAUGGUAUGGACGGGCCGGACUUAGCCGGUAUUGAUGAUAUAGUAGACGCUAUGGAUCUCUGUGAGGAACAUGAAGUACCGUAUGACGGGCUCGAGAAUAUUGACGAAUUCAUUGAAAGGCUGAGAUUGCAUUUUAUAAAGCAGAAAUUUGCAGAAUCACGGAAGCAACAGAUUGAGAAGAACAUGCAACUGGCUGGUCAGGAUGACGCAAACCGAAGAAAGAAGUUGACGUCCGUCAUGACUGACAUGUUGUCUAUCAUACACAAACAAGGACCUGACAUGGCACCAAGAAGGGACAGCCAGCUGGUAGAGGGACUAUUGCGACAGGAAGGCACCAGUGAUAAUCUAGCGAACGACUGUAAAGCAUACAUUAACAAUUUGGAGAAAGGAGAAUGCGUUGUCAUAGUUGCAGGAGAAACUUCAGCUGGCAAAUCUAGUGUUCUGAAUUUACUCUUUGAAGAUGACAUUUUACCUGUGCAUAACAAUAGCUCUACCUCAACAAUAACCAUAGUGCGUUAUCACAAACGAAAACAUACGCGUAUAGUGUAUAAGAAUGGAGAGCCGGAUGUAGAAUUUGAUUUGAAUGAGGAAGGGCUUAAAAAGCUGCAUGCAAUCGCCUUUAUGAAAUCGGCAAGCGAGCGGGAAAAUCACAACAUCAAAGAAGUUCAAGUUUACCUACCCCUUCCAUUGUUGCAGUCCGGUCUGGUAUUUGUCGACACUCCAGGCAUUGGUGAGAACGAGUUUCUAGAAUCAGAACUCACCAACUUUAUCAAAGAUAACACUAUACUUGGGUUUAUGUACAUAAUCAAGACCGACAACGCUGGAGGCGUACAGGAAGACAGGUUACUCGGUUUGUUGAAGAUAGUUCUAGAAUUGCAAAAGUCGCCUGACAGUGCCAACCGCAGGCAUAUAAAGUUUGAUCCUAAAUCCGCCUUGUUUGUAUGUAACCGGGUGGACCUCGUUUGCAAAAAUGAAUUGGAGAAAGUGAAAAAGAAUGCCAAAGACAAGUUGUCCAAGUGCUGGCCAAAUUUUGAUGAGUCUCAGGUGAUAUUUUUCUCCACGGAAAAAGCAAUGAGAGAUGUAAAUACGGACAGGGAUUACAUAAAUGACAACUACAAACAAUUUCUAGACAGUUUGAAGAAUCUGUUCAUAUCUGCAAUGGAGAAAAGAAUAAAACAGUCAUUCAAAUGGAUAGAAAACGUUCUAAAACGAACUAUACAUCAUCUGAAAACAGUUGUCAGGCGACUGGAUCUUUCUGAUAUGGACCUAAAAGAAAAGUCGGAAACAGCUCGAGUGAAAUUGGACAGACUGAGGCUAAAAUCAGAGUCAGUACUUAGAGAGCUUAGAGCAAAACUUGAUAUCCAGUCAAAAGAAAUGUGCAGCGAACUGAAGGAUCACUUGAAGUCUGAAUAUUGUAAGCAGAAAUUGACACGUGGCUGGUCGGCAGGGGAGAUACCAUCCGUUGACUCGGGACUAGGAGACUGGCCGUGGAUUCAAAUGAGAAUCCAUGAAGCUUUCUAUGAUAGGAUGUUAGAUUGCGUUGAAGACUGGAACAGGGACGAGAGACGUAUAGAAAAUCUCGAAGAAGAACUUUCCUACGAGAUGAAGUUUCAAUUGCAACUUCUAGAAGAAGAACUUGACGAUAUUGAGAAACAAAUUCAGUGCGACUCGUCGUCUACCUCUUCUGAUGAAAUGUCCAAUUUAUCAAGAAGCCGGAGGAAAAGCAUGCCAAGAAUGUCACAAACCAGAUCAAAAUGUUUCCUUCCUGAACCCAAAAUGCCAUUAAAGCUCGCUGGAAGAGUGAUUAGACCUUUUAAAACGCUAAUGAACCCAAUCAAAAACAAAAUGAAAGUGAGCGACUAUAAAACAGAUCCAGUGAAAAUGGCGGAGCAAACUGCAACCGUGAUGUAUAAUCAACAUGUAAAUAACUCUGAUCAUUCAUGUUCUGGACUGGUUCAUCUAGCUGAAUACCUAUUGGAACGGCCGCGUGAAUACAUAUUAGUUGUAGAAGGAAGGAUACCAGAUAUGAUUCUAGCCAACCAAAUUCUCGUUAAUCGCCUGGAAAAGUCCAUUGAAACAGAAAGAUUACACCAGUCGGAAUACGAGGAGAUGAUGUCGUCUACAGAAGCUCUGAAGAAAGCAUUGAUGGAAUACGGCGAGGGGUACAUUUUUGUGGCUGAUUUCAGUAGAGGCGAGUUACAAAUUCAGCAAAUGCCACAUGAGGGCGGCGAAGCGAUUUCUGUAGCAUUUAAUGUGACUGAUUUUCUGCGGGGAAGCUCAGGAGAUUUAGACAUUUGUAGGAGGAGAGACAUUCGAGGGUUGUGGACAGUAACUUAUUCAGGUUGUCUUAUUCGAAAUGAGGUUGAGAGGCCCGUUGCAAUUAAAGUUUACCUUCCUUCCUCUGGAGUGGAAUUCACCUAUAAAGAAGUAGCCAAACUGAGGUGUUUGACAUGGCAGUCCAGAAGCAUAGCAGAAUUUCUUGGUAUCCACAAUGCCGAAACAAUCACUCCGGCAUUUGUAUAUGGCGGAGAUUUAAAAUCCGUCCGGCGUUCACUCAGUGGGUUCUGUAAUAAACGGGAAAGUGUUCCAAACAUGCUACUUGAGACCGCGUGCGGUCUGGAAUAUCUUCAUAACAAGGGACUUGUUCAUAUGGAGCUCAGUCAAGAUACAAUAACAGUGGAUGAAACUGGAACAGUUCAACUCACAGGCGCUUGCUUGCCAAGGUUUGCCAAGCUUCCAUUUGAUACAGAGAGAAUUGAUACAGGAGAUUUUGUGUAUUUGGCACCGGAAGUUCUUCGUGGUGAAAAAUAUGAAGCAUUUGCAGAUAUAUACUCUUUCGGAUUACUUAUUCUUGAACUGGUGCAAACAGAAAUCUCUGUAGUGUUCAAAGAGCAGAGAAAAAUGACUCUUUGUGACUUCAUUAGGACUGUUAAUCCAGAAGAAAUGCUCAAGUUAGAUGCUGUAGUCGAAGUGUUCACUGUGAAAACGAGAGCGCUCAUUGUAAACUGUCUUGAAAUAGACAAAGAAAAUCGUCCACAGAUGUGCGAGGUAGUUGAAUAUACAUCAUACAUUGGCAGUGAAGCGGACGCUCUUGCGAAACUGCCGUCACGGAGGUCGAGAGCGAGACCAAUAAAACGACCGUCAGUAGAAAAAGAUAUGAACAACACUUAUCUUUGAUAGAGUGUGAAAUUAACAAGUAUUCUGUUCAUUAUGCAUAGGAGUAAGAGACAGAUAAGAAUAUAUUGUAAUGUAUAUUUAUUAGAGGAAGUAUUGUCAAGAAAUUAGAUAUGUGCCAAAAGUUUAAUAAGGAAUAAUAAGCUACGAUGAUGACCGUGAGACAGAUAUUUUUCUGCAUGUAUAUGGUCAUAUAUUACUGAAAAAGUGUAAUUGUUAUUAUUAUUGUUAUUAUUAUACCAGAUUUAUAUAGCGCGUUCAAAGGCGCUUUACAUAUAGCAAACGCAGCCCGUAGGCCGCGAAAUUCAUGACUCAGAGCGAUCUGACCAGAGGGACAGAGUGAGAUAAAACCCCCAGAACAGAUGGAGAGAAAUACUUUAAUAAUAUUCGAUUAUAUAGAUUUACAUAUUUUCUUUAGGCAGGUACAGUCAAACCUGUGUUAAAGACUACCUCUGAACAGAGACCACCUGGCCCUGAAGACCAUAUGUUUUGUUUCCCGUUUUAACAUUUACAGUGUAUUUUGACCUGAGAAUAAAGACCACCUUCCAAUUAAGACCACAUUUUGGCUCUCCCAAGGGUGGUCUUUAUAGACAGGUUUGACUGUAUACUUUUUAUUUAUGGACAUUGCAGGUCUUUGAAAAUUGUAAAUUGGCUCUUUAACAGAGAUUAACUGUGGUAUUUAUUCAAAUAUGGUAUUUAGUAAACGCUUAGUUUGACGUAAACUGAUGUCAUUCAAUAUACAGUUUUGUUUUGUUACUCGUAUGUUGUUAUUCUCUGAAUCGUUAUAUUUAUUUCGUAAAUAAAAUGUAGAAAUUAUA